AUGUUAGGUUAUUCAAUUCCAAGGAUAAAAGCUUUCCAAUUAAAAGCAAAAACUAGUAUAGUUUUCAAACAAAACUCGAUAACAUGGAUCACUUAUAAUGAUACUUUAAUUCGACAGAAAUUAUCUUUUUCAUCAUUAUCACUUAUUUCUCGAUCUUCUAAACUUAAAACUAACAUAAUUUCAAAUGUAAAAGUUGAUAUACCACGAGUUAAAUUCGAUUUUAUAAAGCAUGAGAUCAAAUUUUUUCAGUAUCGCGGUCUUAUUAACGAAGCUGUUGUUAUUGAUCAUAAUAAUAAUACUGAGCAAAUUGUUAACAAUAUGAUGCGCCGUUCUAAAAAAAUUACACCUGAGAUUGAAGAACUUCGAAGAAAACAUUUUCCUGCAUGGCUUGAAGGACUUGGUUUAAAACAUCUGGCACGUUAUUUUAAAGGAAAAAAAUGGGAAGAAAUAAUAGAAAUGGAUUGGCAGGCUUUAGAAGUAUUAGGCAUUGAAUCUCGACAAAUCCGGGCUAAAUUGGUUGGUCAUUUUUGGAAAGUUAAAAGAGAUAUUGCUGCUAAAAAAGGAAUAACCUUACCAGAAAAAGAAAAAAAGGGAAGACGAGAGCUGAUUGUGGAAGAGAAGAAAAUUAUUGCUCAGCGCGAAAAAUUCUAUGAAGAUAAUUAUAUUAAUAUCAAUUAUAAAUUAUUGGAAGAUUUUCCUGCAUGGCUUGAUGGGCUUGAUUUGAAAUAUCUUACUUUGUUGUUCGAAGAAAAACCUUGGAAUGAAAUCAUCAAUUUGGAUUCUCAGAAUUUGAUGGAUAUUGGUGUUAAUUAUUUUACACCCAGAGACAAAUUGCUUACUUGUUUUUGGUUUAUCAAGCGUGAUCUUGCAAUAAAGCAUGGUACAGAGUUGCCAUCAAUCGAAUUAGUUAAACACCGAAGAUUUUUAAAGAUCGACUCGAUGCUGGAUCAAUCCCACCAGAAAUAA